AUCUUUGCCAGUGAUGUCAUUAUAUUCACAUGACUGCUGUUUCGUCACCAUACGUAAUCAAUCUAUCAAGUGAAUGAGAGGCAGGGUGACAUUCAACAACAAAAAUGGCGGAGGAUUCAGUGCAGUUGGACGAUGGAAAGACUGUUUAUAAUCAAGACAAUGUAUUUGUCCACACAUCAGUUCCAGCAUCAACACAUUUUGACAACAUCAUUAGAGGAAAUUUAAAAAUUGUGGAAAAGGCUAAUGGGGCCUACAUUGAUUGGAGUCCUGAUAAAAAUCUACCAUCUGACAUGGAAUUUGAAGUGCAAUCAUACCUAUCUGGAGAUUAUGAGUGGGGUGUUGUUAGUAAACAACCAUCAAAUCAAGGUGUUUGUAGCAAGACAGAUGUAAACAAUUCUGGUCACAAAUACAGAAUUCAUUUUAAAGUCACAAAACUGCACUCAAUCAGGCGCUCUGACCCAAAGCUGGCCUGGCCAUAUGCAGUAUUCAUUCUGAAAGAUGGAACUACCCAGCCAGCAUUGCAUUUUCAUUCUGGUGGAAUUACUGCCAUGAUUUCAAGACUGCAGCGUUAUAUUUGGAUAACAAGAGCUUCCGCAAACCAGAAGCUGUUUGUUGUUGAAGAUGUAAAUGAUGCAUUGGGAAGGCCUCUCCAUCAGCAUAAGCUCUUUGACGAAGAACCUGAGGACACAUUUUCAAAAAUUUGGAGUCAGGCUUCUGGGACACUUCAACAAUUUUCCAAAGUUACACGACUACUGAUGGACACUAUUGGUCCACAAGGUGGCCUAGAGGAACAUAGGCCUAUUUCUCCUGCGAUGAGAAGUAUAGAGCGUCCAAGGACGACUUCGAAUGGCGAUCAAGGGUUUGAGAUACUGAGUGAUAGGGAUGACAAGCCGGAUCUUGGUCCAAAAAUAUUGACAAUUAGAGGCCAAAGAUUGCAGCCUGAAGAAUGGUGUGCAUUUAUGGACAAUGAUGGCAGAAUCAAAGAUGUUCAGAGAUUGAAGGAAAGAAUCUUCAGAGGGGGUAUUCAUGAAGACAUCAGAAAGGAAGCAUGGAAGUUUCUUUUGGGUUAUUUUCCAUUCGAUUCAACAUACGAAGAUAGAGUGAAGAUAAAAGAAGCAAAAACGGAAGAAUAUUUUACGAUGAAAAAACAAUGGGAAACUAUGAGCCAAGUUCAAAUCAAGAGAUUCUCAGAGUUUGCAAGUAGAAGGCAACUUGUAGAUAAAGAUUCAAUUCGAACAGACAAGAUGCAUCAAUUUUAUGGAGGAGAGAAUAAUGAAAACACACAAAAACUUUCAGAUAUGCUGAAGACGUAUUGCAUGUACAAUUUCGAUCUUGGAUACGUGCAAGGAAUGUCCGACUUGCUAUCUCCGAUCCUCCUUUUGAUGGAAGACGAAGUAGACUCCUUUUGGUGCUUCUGCGGCCUAAUGGAAUCUGAAGCCAACAACUUUGAAAUCAUGCAGCAUUUUAUGCAAACCCAACUUGAAAACCUAGGCAUAUUAAUCAAAUUUUUCUACCCAAACUUCUACCAGUACUUAGAAUCAAAGGAAUCUGGUAACCUGUUCUUCUGCUUCAGAUGGUUGCUGCUAACGUUCAAAAGAGAAUUCAGCUUUGAAAAUACAAUGAUUCUUUGGGAGGUUUUAUGGACUCAAACAUUGACACCCUACUUCAAACUGUUUAUUGCAUUGGCGAUUUUGGAAGGGUUAAAAGACGAUAUGAUGAGUCAGAACUUUGGAUUCAAUGAAAUAUUGAAACACAUCAACGAAAUGUCAUACAAAUUAGACUUGCCAACAAUUUUGGAGAGAGCUGAAUCACUAGUUCUCCAAGCUCAGCGUUCAAAAAAUAUCCCAGAUGAUAUCAUCCAUUUUAUCAAAUAUCCGGAGGCUACAAUUGAAGGCCGCAGAAGUCCAACAGCCAAGACUGAAAACACAGUUGAAAUAAACAUUCAAGAGGAUAGACCAUCAUCUAAUGAUACUUCAUGUGUUCUAUCACAAAAUAAUGGCUGCAUUGACGAGGUGGAAACUGAGAAGGUCCAGCAGACAGGCGAUGAAGUCGUGGAGCUCUGUGAAGAUACGAAGUCUGUUUUCUAAGUUUAAUGCUAGAUUUUUUUGUGUUUUACACAAAGUUUACAAGAUUUUGGAUUUUGCAUAAGCAAAUUCAUAUAUAUAUAUAGUCACUGUAAAAUUCAUAAACUUAUACCUCACAUUGUGAUUUAUGCGUUUAUAAUCAUUAUUGUCAUUAUUCUCGAUAUUUAGCUUAAUCUAUCCUAUCAAAUUAUUUUAUAAACUAUACAAUUGACAAUGUUUGUAUGUAAGAGAUAUAAUGAAAUUUUGAUACGCAGGUGUGGACUGAAAUUGCAUUGACUUUUAUUUCUAAGAGGGGGGGGGGGGGUAACAGCAAAAAUACUAACUUGAAAAUGUAGGCCUUGAAAAAUUGACGUAGAGCCUUGCGAAAAUAUCAAGAAACGAUAAACCAAAGACUUUUAAGGCUUUUUCAGGUAAGUUCACAAAUUUACGUAAAUAUUGCUAGCAGCGAAAUACAGUGAACCGGCCAGUCCGAUAUCUAAUACCUUAAAAGCAGGUAAUAUUUUGGUCCAGAAUUGGACACCCGGUUUAUAUGACGGAUUUCUUUGCCUGUCCAUCUCUGUUAACUAAUUUGUAUAUGGGCAGACAUGUGACGCAAAUGUUUUAUCCUAUUUUCAGUCUGAUCGUGACUUUUUGUGUUCUCAAAUUCAAAAAGAUUUUUGUUGCAAUAAGGAAUAUAUCUGGUGUUUUUAUUUAGUUUAUUUCAUUAUAGAUACUUUAAAAACCCUUUCGGCUUACAAACUUUGUGCUUAAUAAGAAAGUAAAUACUAUGAAUACAUUAAUACAUAUAUAAAGUAAAAACGAAGUAGAAUAGGGAUUGGUAUACAGUUUCAUAGUUUUUGCUGCUUUGAUUGCUAAGAAAUUCUUGAAUUUUUUUAAUCCUAAACUACUAAAGAAUUUAUUUCCCAAAACAUCAGAGUAAUGAACGCCUUUUCAAUAGCUUUGAAUGCAAACAGCACAAAAACAUUUACAGGCAACAUGUUCUUGAAGGAAUUUUCUUAUCAACGAAUACGGUAUGAUGGAAAUUACAGUUCCGUCUAACUUUGCCGAAACAUACGUUACCAAAUGCCUUUCCACCUUGAAAAAAACUGGAGUUGGCUCACUGCCAAUACUGAUAACUAAAACUACCAAUAUAAGAAUUUCAAGAACAGCUAACUCGUUAUGUGAUUGUAGCAACUGUACCUGUAAAUGCCGUACGUACAUAGUAACGUAGCUAAAUUGGUCAGAGUUAGGAGAAAAAGACGAGUGGCUUCUGUCUAGCCGUCUGGGGUAUUGCCUCUCCCUCUUGGGUGCUGAAAACUCCCUUUUUGAGAACUAAUUAAAAAAAUGAUCGUUAAGUCGUGGACGUUCAUUUGAGGCGGGGGCUUCAUCCCCUUUGCUGCAUUAGCAUACAUACAUAUUUCUAGUAGAAAAUUAACUUGGUUAAAAAGCGUGUUUAGAACUCAGCGAUUAUUACGCAUGCAUUUUUGCCUAUGUCUUCUGUUCAACCCUCGAAGUUGUGUCACAGUAAAGAAGAGGGAUAUUUGCUGAGGAAAUGACAUGAACAGCUGCUGAAGACAUGGACCACGCACCAGUCUAAAUGUGGGAGGGCUGAAAAGGGCGUGACUGAAAUUGUUUGAGGCCACGCCCUCUAGAACGCUGGAAAACGCCCCGUUUAGAAAAUAUUGGCUUAUUUCUGCUGGGGUCAAUCUGGUUCAAUAGCUAUAAAAGUAGAUAAAAUUAGCUUAGGGAUAAUAAAACAUCAAGAAAAACACCUAGAAAAUGAACAAAAGGGUUCUAGUCAAGAAGAACUGCUACUACUUAGGAGUUGGAGUUUACUAUCCAAUGUUGCGUUGGAGCAUAGUUAGAGGAAACUUUUUCUAGAGUAAAAAUUUUCUUAUAUGUUAUUGCAAAAACGUGGAGGGGCUAUAGCCCCUGCUAGCCCAAUGGCUGCGCGGUGCCUCACUGAAGAUCGUCAAUUGACUGAGUUAACCCCCGUCCACAAUGUCUAAGAUUAUGGAGAACAUCUGCAAUGAUACGAAGUCACUACUUCAGACUGAAUGAUUUAUUGAAUGAUUUGAUAAGUCAGGGUUGUUGCCUUACAUUUUAGAAUGCACCUCGCUCAAUCAGCAGAAGCAUCUCGUUUUUAAUACAUUCUUAUAUCAUAUCUUAUCUAAUGUGCAAAUCAGAUCUUCCAAAGCUACGUUUUUAUGCUGACCUACUUC